CCCUGCCACGGAAGGGGAGGGCACCUCCACUCUGAAGAUUUAAAAAGGGACCCCUGGACAUGUAGGAGGGAGAUCUUGUGACACAUCAUCCCGAGGAAAGAAGACUGAAGGUUUGUCACUGAGAUAAGUAUGAAGGGGCUGCAUAAACUCACAGCGUCUGCCCUGGCCCUGUUCCUGGCUGCAUCCUUCGUCACCUUCUCCUGGAGUGCUCCUCAGACUCACUUCCAAAGGAGAAACUGGACUCCUCAGGCCAUGCUCUAUUUGAAGGGUGCACAGGGACGUCGCUUCAUCUCAGAUGAGAGCCAGAGGAAGGACCUGUAUGACAGAGCGCAGCUCGAAACACGCAGCCAGAACACAAAUCCUUUAUCUCUUUCUGAAGCUGCUGCACUGUUCAUUAGAUCCUUACAGAAAGCACAAGAAGCGGAGGAAGAAAACAGUGAUCACCCUGGCUACUUGGCAGACAAUCUAUCGAAUUGGUGAAAUUAUUUAAAACGUCUUUAACGUUUGUACAGCUGUGAGCCUGAAAGCAUAACUUUUGUAAGUAGAGUGUUUCAUCCAUUCUCGCUGAAGUUCCCAAAGGGUGAGGUGUUUGCACAUUGCAAAAUUUUGAAGGCAAAGGGAUUAAAAGGUAUUAGUUCACAUAAGGAAAGCAUCUGUGAAGUUCCCUCUUUCUUUAGAGCAUUUUGUAUGUCCCAUCCAAAAUUUAAAAUACGUGGUACCAUCUAACCUGAAAAGAUGAUUAAAACUGUCUUUUUGGAUGACCAUUUCAUUAAAAACAGUUUUUCAGUUAUCAUUGGGAAGCCUUUUACCACCUUCCACUCAGCUGAAUAUUGAAGCUUUUUAAAAUGAUAAAGAUUCCUUCACCACUUCACUGGUGGCUCUGUAGGCUGCUGAUGGUCAAUAAAUUCAGUGAGAUGUAAAAACAUUCCAACUAUUUGUGACUGCAAAGCUGGUGACUUUUAAAUUUUUUUUUUUUUUUUUUUGGCAGAUAUCUGUCAGCACAAAGAACAGGCAGCAGCACUUAUUGCCCCAGUUCACUCCUGCAGAAAUACUCUGCAUAAUCCUAUUGAGCAAGCCCCACCACAUAAAAACAGUUUGGGGACAGGUCUUGCAUUAUCAGGGCCUCGUUAAUGACUGCAUUGUGAUUGUAUUUUUUUUUUGUUGUUCUUUCUUUCUGAGUUGUAAAACUGGAAUUAUACAUAAAUUUGUUAAUUACCAUUCUGUGCUGAUAAGGAUGUAUCUCACAUUAUUUAUGUAGUUCUGUGGUCUUACUGGUAAGCCCUCUGUAGCUCUGAAGUAAUUAAAGAGUAGCCACAUGA